CGUUGUGUUGUGGUUCAUCGCCAGCCUUGUCGAGACCUCAUUUCCUCAAACCGUCUGAGCAGUCCUGCUUGUAUUAGCAUAUAUGCAACGAAGAACAUUUAGCGUUCUUCCUAAACGUCUGGAUGACUGGACCCGGAAAUGCUUGCUGCUGCAACUUCGCUCUUCUAAUACUCAUUCUGGUGACCUUUCGCCGUAAUUAUGAUGAUUCGAGCUGUUGCCAUCGCUUUUCGAUACCACACUUUACUGUUAGCGCUAAUUUUACUUUCUGGCUUCGCCGGCUGUUUUUCUCCGUUGAAUCCGAGGCCCGCCCUUGUUCCUUUGCCACCUGGGGGUGGUACCUAGAGUCGUCAUUCGCACCGUAAUUCAUCGUGAUCGUGUCUCCACUUUAAUAUUAGCUAUGAAGAAGAGACGGUUUCUCUAAGCUGUAGCUGUUAUGGUAUUUAC